AUGAAGAAAGUCAUCCGCUAUCUGCAAGAUCAAGCCCUCGAGGCUUCACAGCAGAAGUAUUCAGGUGCAGCAUAUUUGUCCCCCAAAACCAGGGAACCUCAACAACGGGCCAAGCAACACAGCCCGUCAUAUUACAAGGAGCAGCACACCUCGCACCAUCAAUCCCGCUCUGCAAAUCCAAGCUCAGCCGCACACAGCUUCCCAUCCCAUACGGCAGCUGGGACUACACCCCCAAGAUCCAGCGGACAGGACGAGCGCGCACCGCCGCACCUGUCGGAGAAGAUCCAACGCGAUAUGAAACGGCACCAGUAUGCCCUGGACAACAUCCUUCAAUCUUACGAGCUGUAUAUCCCCGAGCUCGAUCAGUCACACCUUGCCGAUGCCAGUGGGAAGAAGUUCUGGGUCGUGUUUGUCCAUGGCGGCUACUUUCGUGAUCCUACGGUCACAUCGUCAUCCUUCUACCCAGCACUCGAUUAUCUAGUAUCCGGGAAGGGAAAUGGUCACCGCCACCUCCAUAAUCCUCUCAAACAUGACGAGCAUGUGCCAGCGGUUGCGCCUUACAUUGCAGGAUAUGCGUCAUUGAACUACCGUCUUUCACCCCACCAGGACAAGGCACCUCAGGACCCAAACAAAACACCGGCGUACGAGCUGCGGAAUGCCAAAUGGCCGGAUCAUAUCCACGACGUACUCACCGCCAUCGCACAUCUACAAAACAAAUAUGGCUUCGGGGAGCGCUAUUUGCUUGUGGGACACAGUGUGGGCGCCACAAUGGCCAUGCUGAGCACUAUUGCGGCACACCGAUCCUUCUCCAAAGGAAACUCAUCUGAGUUGCCCAAGAUUGAACCACCCAUGGCAGUGCUCGGUGUUUCAGGCAUCUAUGAUUACCCGCUUAUCCAUGAGUCGUUUUCUGACUAUAUCGGACUGACAAGGAAUGCCAUCCCAAAUGAGGCCGAUGAUGUGCUUGCCAGCCCUGCGAGGUAUGAUGCAAAGGACUAUGUGGAUGGCUGGGCAGCCGCCGGGACGGAGAAGAGGGUUUUGGUUAUUGCACAUUCAAAGGACGAUGGGUGGGUGGAUUGGAAGCAGGUCGAGGCAAUGCAGAAGGUCUUUGCUGGUAGUGAGUCGGCGAUUAAUUGCACAGUUAUUGAAUUGAAGGGCCAACAUAAUGAUAUCUGGGAAAAAGGGACGGAGUUGGCAAGGGCGAUCGCUCAGACGGUGGAUAUAAUGAGGGGCCUGGAGGGAGAUGGGCAGUGA